AUGUACCCGGAAUCUACAGAGAGAAACAGCUGCCGAAUUGAACUAGGGCAAACAACGUCAGGUGGCGGGUUGGUUCCUGUUCUAAACAAGACUCAAGCCGCAUUACUGCUGAUCGUCGGAUUUGGUGGCUUUUCCCUCUUCUUGGCUGUACUCUACAAAACCAUUCGUAGACGGGUUUUCCAUGACGUUAACAAGCUGGACUCCACCUUUGACGCCGGGGGUAACAUAACAUGGAGCCUGACCGCGGUGACAGUUGCCUCUCAGUUCUUCUGGCCUGGGGAUAUUCUACACAGCGCCACACUGACCGCAAAGAUAGGCGUGGCUGGGUCAUUUUGGUACUCAGUGGGCAUUUUGAUUAAUAUCCUGCUGUUCCCGAUGUUCUCCGUUGCUUUGAAGACAAAAGCUCCGGGGACGAAAACAUACUUACAGAUAUUCCGUGUUCGGUUUGGCCGCCCAGCUCACAUCGUGUUUUGUGGCUUUGCCUUGGUAACCGUCGUCAUGAUUAUGACGUGCACUCUGCUGGCCGGAAAGGCCCUGAUACAGUCCUUGGUGGAGGACGUUUCCGAUGAGUUUGUCCUCAUGACCAUGGCCUUUCUCUUCGGUUCUUACUCCCUCGUCGGUGGCCUGGGAACAACCUUUUAUGUCUCCUACUUCAACGCCUGUCUCGUGUAUAUAAUCCUAAUAGCAUUUGCUGCCAAGAUCGUCUACUUUCCUCCGGAGGACUUGGAUGUUUCCCGGACCAAACUCGGUAACAUCAGCGCCAUCUAUGAUGCCUUAGUGUGUUUGGAAGGUCUAGCAACACCACUAGUGGCAGAGCGUAUACUAGGCCAGGCUGGUGGCGUCAUGAUCCUCACCAUGGGAACAAUGGCUGUCAUGUCAACGGGAAGUGGCGAGAUCAUGGGUCUAUCUGCCAUCAUCAUCUAUGACAUUUAUCAGGUGUAUAUAAAGCCUUUCAGGAGGCUCCUAAUCAGCACCAAUUGUAUCUUGUGCGGAAAGAUCCCUAAAGGCAUGAAGUCCACAACAGAAUGUGAAGAAAAUGGCGAUCAUUUUGUUGAAGAAAAAACCUGUAGGUGUAUAUCGGUGGAGAAAUGUGAAAGCUGUAUCCAAGAUAUAACAACACUGCAGUCUGGAGAAAAGCUGGGAUACAACCAGACAUAUACGUGCCCAACCCACGGGUCUUACAGGGCCUAUCAAGAUCAUUUAGUGCAAGCAAAGAACUGGUGUAUCCUUCUGGUAACGAUCUCCUUGGUGCCGUCUGGACUGCUGAUCUUUGGGUCAGGAAUCGACCUGAACUGGGCAUACUAUUUCGGCUCCAUUUUCAUCAUACCAUGCCUCUUUCCGGUAAUUUUUGCCAUUGUCUGGGCCAAAGCCACUGCAGUUGGAUUAAUAUCUGGUGCAUUAGCCGGAUUGGCAUUGGGACUAUCUUCAGCGUUGAUAGCAGCCAGCACUCUGGAGGGAGGCCUCACGGAAUUCCUCCUGAACACAGCUCACGAAUUUACCAUCACCGUCGGGUGUUAUACCGCCUUUCUCGUCUCUCUGCUUGUUUGUGUGGUAGUCUCGCUCCUUACACACAACAUCAAAAGUGGUCGGGACGCUUUGGCGGAAUGGGAAAAGACACACCAGAUUGACAACCCUCUUAACCCGUGGCAUCUGAAUUUUAGACAGGAACUUGAGGGUGCAGACUAUACCUACAGACCAAGCCUUGAGCAACUGGCCCGCGCCUUUAAACCCGCCCGGUACUCAGCUAUAAUCGGUGGCCUGGCGCUCGUUGUACUGGGGAUAGGGGUCAUGCCUGGAGUGAUGAGCAUAUUUCCGGUGUUGAGCUUGACAGAAUUCACUGGUUGGAUGACGUUUUGUCACGUGUGGGCUGUCGUCAUGGGAAUAGUGGUAGUGUUUGUGGCUCCUAUCGAAGAAAUUCUUAAGAUUUUAAAACAACGGAAGAUAAAUAAGGCCAAAGGUAAAGGUAACCUAUGGCUGAAUGACUAUGACAGGAAGUCGACAACAGAAACUUAUUUAAAUGACACGCUAUUAUCCAAGAAAUAG